AUGCAGAGACAGCAGCAACUAGAUCGCGAAUUCCAAGCCGCCUUGGAUGGAUACCAGCGACAGAUGACCCGAGAUCGCACUGAACUUUUGGAUUUUGAAGCAAAACAGCGACAAGUCACGGAGGCAUGUGAAGCAGCCAAGACUGGAUAUUCCCGUCGGCAGCAAGCACGACUUGAUAAAGAGCACGCCCGUCGGGAAAUGAAGGCAAAGAAGGAUCUCGAGCCGUGGCGCCUGGAAUCAGACGACCCAUUCGAAGUACGGUUCUUGGAGGUCCAGCAAAGCCUGAUCCGCGCCAGUUCUGGAAGCGCAACAGCUGGUGUGCUCCAUGAGCGACUCAACGGUCUCGAAAAUGUCCUUGGACGGCAGGCUGACUUCCGGACCUUCGAAUCGAACCAUCCGAGACCCGUGCCACGACCGUUGACGAUGCCUGCUGUCCACCUGCAGAGAUUCUACAUCGCAACCCGGGAAGCCGCCAAAGCACAUAAUCGUUCAGGGGCACAGCCAACCCGCUACGAUGAGGCUUUGCCCAGCUGA